AUGGCACGCUGGACCUCUUGCUCUUUUUUCUCGCUCAUCGUGUGUCUGCUGUGCUUGCCCAUGAGCGAAAGUCCUCUUUCCUCGACGGCAAUCCUACGCGUUCGUGCUAACAGCUUCGUUAUUCCACCGCCCUCGCUGCCGGAAGACUACCAUCAGACGAAGGCACAGAAAUCUCCUGCAGCACAUCGAACGCGGAGGCGUAGGGAGGGAUCAGCACAGAAUUCGCCAGCAGCUGCUGAUACGGCGGCGCCGUCGUUCAUCUCUAGAAUUGUGAGGAGAUUCACUGCUCGGUCACACGAGGAGGGACUCAUAGACGUCAGUGCUGGUCGCGCGGAAGCUGCAAGGGCAGCUUCCGCUUGCUUUGAGCAGAGGCGCAGGUCCACGUUCCACCCAAGCCACAUCGCAAGCAGAAUUGGCGAAUUGAUGAAGUUGGGUCAGCUUCUACGCAUUCGAUUGCUGCCCCAGCAGGGCAACCAAGCGGAGAUGCCACCAGAGCCUCUGAUAGUUAGAAGGGGGCCUUUCCUUGGGUGCGGCGCUUCCGGAGCGGUAUUUGCCGUCUACCCCGUUGAUCAAGCUACACCAUACGCCAUGAAGGUAUUUUUAGCGUCCAUCAGGGAAGGUGGCUCCGAAGCAUACAUACAUGCCCAUCUGGCAUCAUUGCUGAGGAAGAAUUUGGAGGUUUUCAAGGUUUUCCAAGGCAAGUCUGAAUCACUUCUCCGGCACGAAAAGUUAGCCGCCCCGCUAUUCGGGGGAGAAAUUCUAGACUUCUUACCGUUGUCCGCCGUUAAUAAGCAAAAGUACGUCUCGAAUCUAGUGAUAUUUUCACCCUUGAUGGCCUGCGACAUCUCGCAACUCAUCGAUCAUAGUCGCACCGGCUCCCUAUCUGUUCAAGCUAGAGUUCAUAUCACCCAGUCGAUGGUGAAUGCGGUUGCGAGUCUCCACAAAUACGGAUUUGUUCAUCGUGAUAUUAAGCUUAACAAUUUCCUCGUUGACCGCUAUGGAGAUGUAUUCCUCUCUGACCUCGACUUCAUCACAGAAGUCGGGGAAGCAGUGCGGCCUGCAGGGCCCGCACUUUAUACAGAUCCGGACUCAGCUGCUACCCUUUGGGAGGUGGAGCGUAAAAAUGAGAAUCCCGAUGAACUUCCGGACGACAAUGGUACGAGAGAAAAACCACCUCUCGUCGCGACAAAGACUAUGGACGCUUGGGCGCUCGGUCUCACAAUAUUUCGCUUCUGGUGCAAUGACCUUCCAUGGGAUCUGGGCUUGUUGAAGAAUGCUACAACGUCAGAAAAACUACAGAGAAUCGCCACUGCUAAACGCCAACAAGAACCGCUCAAGUUUAACAAGUGUAGCUCGCGAGAAGACAUGCCUCGGAGUGUCAAGGACCUGAUCCGUCAGUUUUUGCGAUUCGAGCAAAUAUUCCGUUUACUGCCAGAAAGUGAACACUGUUUCCGUUUGACACAGGGCGAGAGUCACUGUGCUACAAGUCAACGCAUUUGA